UAAUAAAAUAUUAAACCCUAAUUAAUCUUGUUAAAAUAUUUCAAUAAGUAUAUUUAUUGUUAUAGUUCAAUUUAUACACAACAAUCACGCGAAUAAAACUGUUUGACUUUUACAAUGUGAAUAUUAUUAAAUUUUAAAAAGUUAUACAAAUAUUUGUAUGUGUUCAAAUUUGUAACUAUUAAUAGUGUAUUGCAAAAAUACUGAAAAUAAAUAAAAGUAAAAUGAACAAUAAAUGAAUUAUUAUAAGCAACACAAAUUUCCGAAUGCGCCAUAAUAUUUACAACACUUUCAAAAAGGAACAAGUUGAGAACCACACAAAACCUUCAUCUAUCAUUGAUGAGGUUGACACGACGUAUAUGUUACUAACCACAAAGUAAUUUAUAUUUUUUGUUUACUAAAAUUCGACAACUCAAAUUUUAAGAAGAUUCUAAUCAUCGAAGACAAUUAUUUCGGUGAAUAUUUCAGAAAAUAAAAAUUAAAUGAACAGUAUCGCAGAAAAUUGUAAUCAACUCAAAAAGGAGUACGAUGGAUGUUUUAAACUUUGGUUUGCCGAAAAGUUUAUGAAAGGAGAUUUUGACGAUUCAAUGUGCUCGAAUUAUUUUAAAUCGUACGUCCAGUGUCUUCAGCAAGCCAUGAAAGACCAAGAUAUAAAUCUGGAUGAAAUUAAUAUUGCUCAUUUGGGAACAGAGCGAGAGAACAAAACUGAAACUUGACAAUAACUAUGUUUUUAAUGACAUUUUUAUUUUUUAAUUUUUGUUGCAAAUUGUGCACAUGUAUACAUGUAAAUAAAUGAUCA